AAGUCUGCCUUUAGUUACACUUCAAUCUUCACGGCCACGACGGAUCAAUCGUAUCUCACGACUCAACCUUCACGUCGUUCACGACAUUCCUUCAUGCGCCUGUCGUCUUUGUUGUGCUGUGUCUCUAACACGCCCGCUCGCAGCGACGAAGUAGAUGAGACAAACAAGGUGGCGCCCAAGGAAUCUCAAGAAGUCCCCACCGAACCGUACACCCCUCAGCGGGCGCAAGUUCUGUUUAACUCAUUUGCCGAUGAAGACGAUAGCGAUGUGAUUGGACCAGGGGGACUGGAAAAAUUAUGUACGGAGGCUGACAUACCGCUUGAUGGUGCACAGCCCCUUAUCCUUGCGUGGCAGCUAAAGGGUAGCGAAAUGGCCAAGUUCACGAGGGUAGAAUGGUCGCAUGGAAUGGGCUUACUUGAGUGAGUUGUCUUUAUCGUUUAUUUGUGCUUUGCAAUUUCAUAAAUGAGUCCGCCAGAAUCUCCUCAUUACCAGUUCUAGCUCAAGCCUUGCGAGAGCUUGAAGACCUUCUUAUUCGUGAUAAGGAGGCGCUUACUCGCUCGGCUUCUGCCUCCAGUCAAGCGAAGAAGCGUGGCGGUGCGAGCACAA